CAGCCAGGACGAUUAAUGGAUUUCAGAGAGCAUCGAGCGACGUGUAGAAACAAACAUGGAGCGAAAUGUUGGCUCUCUACAGGAGGAGGCCCUGAAGAGAAAAGAGAGGUUAAAAGCACUAAGAGAUAAAAAGAUUCACGGGCGAGAGCAGGAAGAUGGGGAGCCAGAGAGCAAAAAAGCUUCAUUAGAGGAGACUACUGAAGAAAGGCACAGAGAGCUGAAGCUGAGGAAUUAUACUCCAGAGGAUGAAGAGCUGAAGGAGAGGCAGGUGCCCAAAGCCAAACCUGCAUCAGUGGAGGAUAAAGUAAAAGACCAGUUAGAAGCUGCUAAUCCAGAACCCAUCAUUGAAGAAGUGGAUUUGGCCAACCUUGCCCCAAGAAAACCAGACUGGGAUCUGAAACGUGAUGUGGCAAAGAAACUGGAGAAGUUGGAGAGGAGAACACAGAGGGCCAUCGCUGAGCUCAUCCGAGAUCGUCUUCGAGGCAGCGAGGAGGAGUUGGCAGGAGUGGUGGGAGCAGUGGGAGUGGAGGAGGGAGACUCAGACUGAAUCUGAGAUGUGACUGAUUAAAAACAGGAGACUACAGAGGGAUGACCUCUGGGACUGUAUUGUCACAUCUGUGUUGUGCUCAGAGAGACAGCUUCUUUUAUCGCUGCAGGGAGUAAUGUUUUCUGUCAGGUCCUCAUAUUCCCACUGUGAGUCCUGCUUUGUAUUGUUUGUAUGGCAUAUGAAUAUGCCACAGAACAUUCUGUAACCAUUGAUAUUUUGUUGUAAUUGUUUAUAUUUCUAGUAAAAUAAUGUAAAUUUUUCAAA